AUGGGUUCCAGCAUGUGCCCGGUGAGGCUGGGAGUUGAGCCGUUCGUGCCCGUGCUAUUCGUGGUGCCCAUCCUGUUCAUCACCACCAUGGUGCUGCACGAGGGGCUGGGCGUGCACAUCAUGUCACCAACAGCCAGCCGCACACUGCUCAAGUUCGGCAUCGCUGUGGGCAGCCGCUCCAUGAUCCUGCUCAAGUCGCUGCUGCUGGGCAAGGGCUCGCAAUACUACAAGCGUGAGAGCAACAUGGUGCGUUCGACAGGGUGUCGUGAGGUAGUGCAGCUGGGUGAUGCAGUGAGGUGGUGUGGCCACAUGGGGCAGUGUUGA